AUGGAGGAGAAUGUGACUUUGUCUGGUCGCGAUUAUCUGGAUAUACGCCUCUACGCGCAGAAACUUCUGAAGCAUGGAAACCUCUCUUUUCCGACUCACCUUAACACUACGGAGACGACAGCUCAGGAGGACAGCUUGGACGUGAACACUGACAUAUACUCCAAGGUGCUGGUCACUGUUAUAUACGUGAUUCUGUUUCUUAUCGGUUGUCUUGGAAACUCUAUCACGUUAUACACCUUACUCACAAAGAAAUCUCUUCAAAAUCUCCAGAGUACUGUUCACUAUCACUUGGCGAGCCUCGCUGUUUCUGACUUACUCAUCCUGGUCCUGAGCAUGCCGAUCGAACUCUACAACUUUAUCUGGGUCCAUCACCCCUGGGCUUUCGGCGGAGCUGUCUGCAAAGGUUAUUACUUCCUCCGCGACGGCUGCUCCUAUGCCACGGCAUUUAAUAUCACCAGCCUGAGUGUGGAGCGCUACAUGGCCAUCUGCCACCCUUUCAAAGCGAAGAGCAUCAUGUCUCGUAGCCGGACCAAGAAGCUGAUCAGCGGGAUGUGGGUAGCCUCCUUCCUCCUGGCCACACCAAUGCUGCUUACGAUGGGACAGCGAUUGGAAAACGCGGAGAAUAUCUGUACAACGAUUGUGUCGCCAGUUACAACCAAGACAGUGAUCCAGGUGAAUGCCUUCCUGUCGUUCGUGGUCCCCAUGACGCUGAUCUCGGUGCUGAAUGGCGUGAUCGCUAGUCAGCUGCUCAGAAUGUUCCGGGAGGCAGCGCAGGACAACCGUGUCUGCGUCGUCGGGGGCAACAGCACCAUGCUGAGCGUCGCCGUGGAACCCAACCGCACCCAGUCGCUACGCCACGGAGUCAUGGUUCUACGUGCUGUGGUAAUCGCGUUUGUGGUCUGUUGGCUCCCCUAUCAUGCACGAAGACUCAUGUUCUGCUAUGUGAGCCAAUGGACAGAUGCCCUGUACGACUUCUACCAUUACUUCUACAUGGUGACCAACGUCCUCUUCUACGUCAGCUCCGCAGUGAACCCAGUGCUCUACAACCUUGUGUCGGCAAACUACCGUCAGAUCUUCUUCUCCACACUACGCUACUUCUUCAUCCCGUGCCGUCGCAAACAAAAGAAGCGUGUCCUCACCAGACACUCUAUCAGCAUCUGCAGCAACCAGACCUUCUCCACCAACGCCAUCAAAGAGACCAUCUACUGA